AGAGUUAAAUUAAAAUGGCGUCGCUUCCUUUUUAUUGUUUAUACUGAGAUACUUAGGUUUACUCCUAACGUCUUAAAAGACAAAGGAUGCGCCAAGAAGAACAUUUGACUAACUUGGAACAUGACAUUCAGAAAUAACCUGUGUGUGUACAACGUUCUAUUGUUCCUCUGUCUAGUCCUAGUGACUCUCUAUGUCAACCAGCAAAGGAACAUGAUACUCAUUAGACUUGAUGCCUAUGAAACGAAACAAGGUAUUUUGAAUAAAGUUACAAGGACUGUGGAAGAUCUGGGUUCAGGUCCUUUAAUGAGCCUUCGAGAAAAAGGGAUUGUCGACAGCCUGGUGGGUCUAGACUUGGACUCGUUGAGUAACGAGACGCUGCUGAUUACACUGCACAGCAACUUAGACAACCUCAAUUCUUUGUGCAGAAGGAAGCUGCGACUGGGCGAUGUAUCUGACGGCGGUUGGGAGAUCUGUGACGACGCUGACGUUAGACCACGGGAGCCCUGCAUCAUCUACUCCUUCGGCAUCAACUACGACUUCUCUUUCGACGAGGCGGCCGCUGCUCUGUACGGAUGUCACGUGUUCUCAUUUGACCCCAGCAUGAACCUGGUGAAGGACCACUUUGACAGGUCGCCCAAAGUCCAUUUCAGCUCUCUAGGAUUAAGUGGGCAAUCGUUUAUUAAUAAAGACAAUUGGACAAUGCUAACCUUGAAAGAAAUUCGCCGAAGACUGGGUCACAAGAGUUCGUCAAUUGACGUCAUCAAAAUGGACGUAGAAGGAUCCGAAUGGCAGGCGCUUCCGGAAAUGAUCCAAUCCGGUGAACUUCCGGGAAACGUCAAACAGGUGCUCUUAGAAUAUCACCUUGGGUCGACCUUGAAGAGCGUCAGGUUGGCCGAAUUAAAAGUAGUUAAAAAUCUGGAGAGGAUCGGAUUCAAGAAAUUUUACGUCCAUAAAAAUCCAUUCUGUAGGACGAAAGAUACAGAAAUGCCAUCACCACUUACUAACUGCUAUGAAGUGAGCUAUUUACGAAGAUAAUUCUAAAGUAGUGAAAUAUGGAGCUCAAGCGACAACGUAAUAUGGAAUGAGUGAUGACCCCAGAUACGCCAGAUUCACCAUCAUCAUCAUCAUCAUCAUCAUCAUCAAAAACAACAACAUUAUCAUCAUCAUCAUCUCAUCCU